AUGUUCAGUCCAAGAUCCACAGGAUCAUGGCAACCUCUACCUUACAUGUACUCUGGUGUGGUCGUUUAUCCAUAUCAUCCUUCGCCCACACCCCUUUCCUCUCCUGUGGCUGCCACAUCACCGACUAAAGCACAUAGGAAUCGAUUCUCCUGGAGCGGUUUACCCGAGUCGAGUAGAGGUGAUGAUGUAGAGAGGGGCGGUAAGGAUAACCCAUACGAGAUUCCAUUGGAUAUAGGCGAUGAGUUUUUUGCUUUCGAGGAGUACAGAUGUACAAUGGAAGAGGACGGAAAGGGUGAUGUGUGGUACAGAGGCUAUAUAUCUCAAGCCACCUCGUUAUUAUCUCUAAUGCCCAAUAAUACCGCUUCGACCUCUAAAACACUCAUAUAUCCCAGACCAGAACCAGCAGUACUCAUCGGUAUCUUCCCUGCCUCGGUCGUCAGAAUCCGACCUAACGCCAGUAGUGACGAUGGUACCUUGUCUGCGGCGUACGAGAAAGCUGUAAGGUUAGUAGAAGAACGAGCUAGGAACCCUGGACUUGGUGUCUUCGGCGAUAUGAAGCCUGUCAAAGAAGAGGAGGAAGAAGACGGAGCGGUCGACCACGCCAACUCUCCGGCAAUCCGCUUAAGUACAAAAAUUCCAAUUCACCUUGGAGUGAAUGGAAUGACGACAGGGAUAAUCGAAAUAUCCCAAGAAAAUCCAUCUGAACCUCCUUCGGUAGGCAGGAUUAGAAGUAUGUCUCGACCAAACCGACCACGAUCAUUACUCCUGGACCGUAGAAAAACCAUGCCGCCUGAACCGGAGAAGGAAGAACCUCCUUUGCCACAACUCACAGCUGGGGACUCUACUAUCGCCGGUCAACAUUGGCCUCUGGUUGACGAGAUCUCAUGUGCUAUACGAGAAUGGUUCCAGCGUCUUCCAACAUAUCUCGCCAAUCGGGAAUACCGUCUUUUCAACACUGUUAUGCAACAUGUCGAUGCACUCCUGCUCGGACGUAGACAAUUACUGUCUCAGACCCUCAGCGAGGAUGAGUUGACCAGGAUACGUCAAGAAUGCGUAUCUAGGUUGGUCAAAUGUAAUGUGGCACAGGGGUUGGAUGUCAUAGUUCGGAGUCUUGAAGAUGGAGGAGUGAUGGUAUUCGAUCGCAGUCGAGCGACCGGGUCCAAUUGGAUAGAUGGGAUCACUUGUUAUGUCUAUCAGGUCCGACUCGCUUACAUUGAUCUAAUUCCCCUCGACACUCUUUUCAGCAAAACGUCAUCGCUCGGGCUUCCCAAAAACACACAUACUUCCUCCUUGACCACUCGUUUUUCUUUACAGGAAAUGAAGUCGGGCACGACUCCCACUUCUUUGGGCGACAAACUAUUCCAUUGCCUUCUUGACGUACGUGCUUUUGUGGCUUCCCCUUGUGCACCUGGAGAAACAGCCGAACUUUAUUUUUCACUUUACAACAAUGCCGAAAGACGUUUCGUAACUGAAGAAUUUUGUCUCAUCCUAAAUCAUCUCGGUAGUCCUGCUCGGGAUCCUGAAAUUCGUAUCGGCCGACUUCGGACACUCUUCACGGAUCUGAAACAUGAAGACCUUGUCGGUCAGGUUUAUCUGGUAUGUCGGAUCGUCAGGAAUGGCAGUAUGAAGAUGCGUGCCGAGGCUAGUUCGGGAGCCAUGGAUUCGAUUAGACGAAGCUCAAUCAUGAGUCGAGGAAAGGGUACGCAGGCUUCAGACAUGGGGACCACUCGAAAUCGACCUUUAUCGACGGUCGAUGAUUUGACCGACGAUUCUUUCUCGGUAACGUCAGGAUACGGAGGGCAAAGGACUGAGACGGUGGAUACUCAUACGCCAACAAUAACUACCAAUGUGGAAGGGAAGCCGACAUUCAGACGCCCAUUAGGAUGUGCAGUCUUGCCUUUACCUCAACUGAGCACCUUGAUGAGUGAAGGAGGUGAUAAAUCUGGAGCUGGUAUCGAGUUCGUCAUGCCGAUUUAUGUUCCCAAAGAGGAAGUCCUAUUUGCCAAUCUUCACGAGGCUAUCAUCGAUCAACAAACGAAAGACUAUACACACAAUGCUAGGUAUGUCAUUCCUCUUUCAAGCCUUGGAAUUUUUGAGUUGACUAGCAGGGCCGAGGCAGUCGCCAUAAGUCUUAAAGUCUUUCAGGGUGCAGCCUCUCAAAUCACCCGGGAGAAUCCUUCUUUGUUGCUUGAUAUUCCUCAUACCGCUCGCUUAGGGUUCCCCGACGUUGUCCAUCCUGGCCAAUCGAGGAACGAUUUGUAUGUCAAGUUAUGGUCCGCUUCCUUCGUCCCCAAUCCCGCAAACACUGGUGGGUCACUUCGUAUGCGCAAAGCAGUUUUACCCAUCAACCAUGGCAAUGUCCAAAUCACAGUCGAAGUCCGUCGAGCAGAUGGGACUGUUAUACCCGACGCCCUGCAUCCCGGGGGUUCAGGCGAACCACCCGUCGUACAGUUCAACUCACUUGUCUUCCAGAACAACGAUCAACCCACAUAUGGCGAACUGUUGAAGAUCUCUUUACCGGCAAGGGUGAAUGAUUGUCAUCUCUUCCUCACUUUCCGAUCUCGAAGUAAAUCACCUUUGCAUGCUGGCGAGGAACCGGAGAAAGCCUUCGCCUUUGCUUUCUUACCUCUUAUAGGAGAAACGAUGUGCAUCAAGGAUGGUCUUCACGAAUUGGUCUUGUAUCGUAUGGAAAAAGGAUUACAACCUGCCCCAAAUCUUUACUACACUGCUCCACCAACAGGUGCAGAUGAUCCUGCCCUCUCUACGCAAACUGCAAAGACUAUGACUCCUCUACGUGAUAGAGUUAUGCUCCGAAGUUAUCUCUGCUCCUCUAUUCACACACAAGAUGAUACCUUACGAUCUCUCUUCGCUUGGCAAACCCUGUCCAGUGACAUUCAAGGUCUGCUUGAUACUCUACGAACAUUCGGUUUUGUAAAUGAAGAAGAAAUCUCUAAAUUCAUUCCAACUGUUCUCGAUUCUCUCUUUGGUAUAUUGGUAUCAAAUCUCGGAGAACAACAACGUGAAGUGGAUGAUCUGGUAUUUCAAGGUCUCAUCAAAGUCUUGUCAAUGAUCACCGACCGUCGGUUUACAUCUUUUGGGGAAGUCCUUGAUCUGUAUCUCGCUCAACAUUUCAACCAUCCCGCUUCAUCAUUUCAUCUUCUACGUUCGAUGAAAGCUAUCAUGUCACAACCUGAUACUCAAGCAUAUAGGUCAUUACUCAAAGUCUGGCAUCUCUUCUUCCGGUUCAUCAUCCGUUCACGUGAAUUGGACAGAACGAGGGGUAUAGGUCUUGACGCUACUUCGGCUCACAUUGAAGCUGAUUUCCGUCGACAAGUCAAAGCUCUUCUUUCUGAACUGAAUACUCUUAUGGCAAACACCAACAAAUCGGUCAUCGGUACACAAACUCUAGCCGUUCAACACUAUGCAGAUAUCCUACCUGGCUUGAUGAGAGUGUUCCCACCUUUAGAAAUUGCCGAGAUGGUCAUUUCGUUCGCCGACACUUUGGCACAUGCUACAGGAAGUAUAGUGAUAUACAAAUUACUACUUUUACGUCAAGUCUUGAAGGUGUUAUUUGAUACUAGCGAGAGUAGGGCUUUGUUAACACCAGCUAUCGUACGUUGGGUCAAACCUCAUCUGGGCAAGUAUGAAGAAGGUCUUCGAUUGGGUCAAGAUGAGACGCAGAUUGCGAGGGACACAAGAAGAAUGAAAUGGUUGGAAUGUAAUCGUUUGGCUGUCACGGUGGUCGCUUGGACUGUCAAUAAAUUGCAGGAAUGGCUCGUUUCUCCACUCAUCGAAGAUGAAGAAGUUGCGAGAGCCCAAGAGCAAGACAAUCUCGAAUACUGCCUGACACUUAUUCCCAGUCUCCUCGCUUCAUACAGUGACCUCGCCACGAUAACAACAUCCGAAGCAAUCACCCGUCAUCGCCUUACAUCCAAUAUCUGGAAACCUGUCCCUGACGUAUUUCCAUCCUCACAGCCAUUCUGUCUCAUCUCUCAACUUCCCCCUCCCUCUUUACUGAAUUCAACACAAACCGGCGACGAUCUCCCAUCUUCAUCCCCCUUCAAUCCAUCUUUGGGCGAAACAUGCGUUGUCAUACUCUCUCUCAUCCUCGCUUCUCCUUCCAGAAACAUCCUGGCUUGGCUCACUGAAGUACUCGACAUAGACGGAGCCGAAGGAACUUCUUCACUCUUACUUCGUAUCUUUGCCUUUGGUACUUCGGUAGUGCGUUUUGAUGCUUUUCCAAGUCAAUGGUUGACCCUCCGAUUGAUGACUUUCUCAUCCAUCAUCAAAUGGAUAGAUGUCAUAGCUGUUUUAUUGGAAAAAGAAGACUUUAUACCUCCUGUAGAGAGAACAGAGGAGUUCGAUGUUAAGCUCUGGAUGGGUUGUUUUGACUUGCUUUGCGAUAUUUGCGGGAAUGAGGAGUUGGCUUUGGAAGAACACACUCAACAGAGGCGUAGGGCGGAAUGGAUCAUAGCGGGGGAUAUGAGGGAUGAAGCUGCGGCGUUGCUCUUAAAGUUAUGGAACGCUUUAGGGUGGCCGAUCGAUGGGAAGGCGUUGAGGUAUGGCGGUUAUCAAACUAGAUUCACCGGUCUGGCCGAGAAAAUUCUCGGUCUUUGUCUCUCAAGUCACGAUCUCAUGACCGAAACGGCUGUCGAGAUUCUUUACUCUAUGAUCUACGCCGAAUAUUCUUUGUAUGGGAAAUUCGAUACGAUACAAAAUGAAAUCUUUGCCAAAUUAGAUGUCCUCUUCAUGGCCAAAACAGCUUCUCCUUCAGACGGCGCACUCAGAGCAUAUUUCAUCACUCGUCUUCGAGCAAUCUUCGAAACUUCCCCUUCCCCCGAUCCUCAAUUCCGUACAUCCGUUUCUACAUUUUUAGACGAAGUAGAACUUUUCAUAGAUCUUCUCCUUUCCGUUCGUGAUCUCUCACAAGAAGUUGAAUGGGCCGAAGAACGUUGUGCUGCCACUUAUCGUUUGAUGGAAUUCAUCAAACGUAUGGGAAGAGAUGAUUUAUACGCUAGGUUCGUAUAUCAGCUCGUCAAUAUUUGUCUGGAAGGACGUAAUUUAGUAGGAGCGGGUUUAGCGUUGAAAUUACAUGCGGAGAUGUAUGAUUGGGAUAUGGAUGGAGAAUUGUUGGAAGGUUUGAAUAAUGAUGUGGUUGAUUUACCUGAUCAUUUCGAAGCUGAAGCUUACGAAUUGGCUCUUCAACUCUGUUCCGAACUCACUACCGAACAUGAAAAACUAGCUUAUGACAUUAAGAAACUCACCGCUUUGUUCAAACAUCAAUCCAAGCUGUGGGCGCGGAUUGGAGAAUCUAGUCGACCUCAACCAGAGUAUUACAGAGUUGCAUUUUAUGGUGAAGAAUUCUCCGCUCUGAACAGAGGAAAAGAUUUCGUCUAUCGGGGUCAACCAUAUCAAAGAUAUGGAGAAUUUUGCGAAUCUAUACAACAUAAAUACCCAAAUGCUAGUAUCCACCGAUCAAAGGUUUCUCCAAGUACCACAGCAAAUGAACAAGGAGGUGUCAUUUGGAUCACACCUCUCACACCUGAACCUGAUCUUUCACUCCCAGUUUUCAAAGAUAGAGUACAAGGGAACGUACAAGCUUGGCAUAGAUAUAAUGGUGUGAACAGGUUCUCAAGUUUGAGACCUUUCGUUCCUGCUUCUCAGGCUGACGAGGGGGAUGAGGGUAAGGAGGCAGUGAUGACUUGGAUGGAAAAGACUAUUGUGACUACUGCAGAAGUAUUCCCGAGUAUCCUCACCCGGUCAGAAAUCACUUUAACGACAUACGAACAUUUAUCACCUAUCACCAUAGCCAUUUCCGAAGUUAUCAAAGCCAGUCAAUCUUUACGUCAAUUGGCUCAUCCUCCUCCUGGCAUGAACAUUGAUGUGAAGCAUUUAGGAACUACGAUUAACGGUGCUGUUGAUUCUCCCACAUUCCUCGAUCCUGCCUUCCUGGAGAAGAACCCUGAUGAGAAAGACAAAGUCUUCGAGCUGGGUAAUUCGAUCGUGGGGUAUGCACGUACGAUACAAGAUGCUCUUAUUGUUCAUCGGACGGUAUGUAAGGAUCUAGCCUUUCAUGAGGCUUUACAUUCUCGUCAGUAUCUUCUUAAUCUCUCCUCUCAUACCAGAUUCUUGGUGUCCUGCUGA